AUGGGGCAACCUUCUGGGUAUUCACUCAGCAGAGCAAAUGUAACCAUCACGCUGAGCGAAGAGAAUAAUUCCGAAGGUAUGGGCCGAAAUUCACGCGAUAGACACAUUCAACCUAGUCUGAGCUCUGAGUACGCCGUCCAGGUCACGGAAUUCUUCGGUCCACAGUCCCUGGCUGGCGUGCAGACUACGCGACACGAAGUGGAAGACAAGGCAAUCAACCCCACGAUAGCUGCCGGAGAGCUCUUCGAGGUCAGUGGAAUGGGCGUCCGUCGCACAGUUUCCAGAGAUCGCACCGAUUGCUGGACUUUCAAGGGAACCAGAAAGAGAGCCAAACAUGGAGUAGGACUCAGAACACUUGUCUGGGAGCUGAGGGAGAGCGGAACGGAGAAACAACUGCACAAUCAUGUCUUCUACACCGCUUUUGCAUUCGAACACAGCAAAAACCCAGUUAUUAUGUGCGUAGAAGUCGAAGGUCGUCUCCGAAGCAUGGUAAAACAGAGCAAACACAACAUCCUACAAUUUUGUUCACAGUCGGGUACUAGCAACAACUCCAUGUACACUCGUAUCGACUUCUCAUCGUCCAGACCAAUUACAUCAAAACGCCUUGACAACAUAGCCCGCGGUCUCAACAUGGCCAUGCAACGAGAAAACAUCGAAGCGGUGCCCGUCGAAGUACCAGGGCCGACAACAGCAAGUUUUCAGCAGCUGUCGCAUCGUAUGGAGCCUGGUCACAAAGAACCUUUGACAACGACCGCGACGGAUGAUCUACGAGAUCCUCAUCAGCUUGAUAUCAACAAGCUAGAAGAAAUCCUACAUGGGCCCAUCUUUCCAGAAACACAGAAUAUCACUUCUGAAAGAGAAGACGAGAUUGACCUGGCGGGCUCUGAAGAUACCUUUGUAGAGGGGAUCCCAAGUCAAACUGUUUCCCGCGAGUCUCCAAGAUCAGCUCAAGCUCUUCGAAAAGCCGUCCAGGUUGUGGCUCUAGUCCUCAUCCAGUGGCUUAUGUCGUUGCUAGAAGCCACAGGGUCAGUGCAAUACACCCAGCACUUCAAGAUCCCCACGAUGCUUGACGAUGAGAAACCCUCUCAACCCAAUGCUAGUGCGCCGGCGGAGACCGAGAGGCCUCACAUGAAAACUAACAUGGCGUCUUGUUGA